CCAUUCAGAGCCAGAAUAGUCCAUAGAGCAUUAGCCCGUGUCCUGUUUCUGUAGCCUGAGGCAGCUUACAAGUACAUUCUCUAGACAGGACGCUAAUCUAUAGCAUGGCCUACUUAUAAGGGACAACAUCAAUGAAUAUUUAGUAUAUUGCAGGGUGGCACAAAUGAUCUAUUGAUGGUUUUGAUAUUGGAACCAUUUCAUUUCCUACGUUUCCCAGGUUACCAUAGUGGCAGGACGACAGAGCUACAAUCUGAGUGGGAACACUUCUUAGCAGACAGGUUCCACACAGACCACUGUAAACCUGGCCACGCCUCCAGCAGCAGCCCAGCUAAUCAGCAGAGCCCAAAAUGUUAGCUCUGCCCCCACAUGUAUCCUCCAGCAGGCCAUGCUCCUGGGCAAUGCCUCUAGUCCCGCCCUCACCACCAGCCAAGCUCAGAUGUAUCUGCGGGCUCAGAUGCUCAUCUUCACCCCAACUGCAGCUGUUGCCACUGUCCAAUCAGAGGCCUCCGUACAGUCUGCCAUCAACCAACAGUCUAAUAGUGCAAGGUGCAGAACAUUGCCAUCCGUAGCCAGCAGGAGGCUCCCUCCUCCUCCUCUCAGCUCCAGGGCCUGUAUCUCAAACAGAUGUCUGGAGAGGCCCAGCUCUCCCUGGCUGGCCAGCUCAGGAGUCCCACCCUGGGGCCACAGGGAGCCCAGCUGGGGCCCCUGUAGGCCCCUUCAGAGGGCGGGCAGAAGGGUGAGGGCCACAUGGAGCUGAGUGCUCACCUGGUGAGUGUGAGACACAGUUUGACAGCUGUCAGUAGUCAACCCAGGUAGAUAACAUUCAAAGCACCCUGGUCAGGACUUCCAUGCUCAAACACAUUAUUAGGUUAGCAUAACAGAGAAGCAUGGGUUUUCAUAAACAUGACAACUGUAGUGCAUGUAGCUGCAGCCAGAGCUGCUAUUUCUGUGCCAUGCUAACCAUGUGUAUGUGACAAAUAAAAUUUGAUUUGAUUUGAUUUGUGCCAUGCUGAACAGAUUUUGAGAAGUGUUAAGCAACAUGAGUGUCCACAUUCAAAAGAGAAUCAUUCUGCUGUUGAUUUUUUACUUUUGUGAUAUAGACAUCACAUCUCACGCGUUCUUUCAUCAUUUUGUCAAAAGGCACUUCCAUAACCUCGUCUCCACUAUAGGGCCUUUUGAGUUCUACAGUAUUUCCUAACCACAUCACUAGGGACAGGGCUGUCUGUCAGACGUAUCCAAAGGCUUUUCUGUAAAUGCAUGCCAGCCCUUCAUUAGACAGACAGCCCUAUCCACGUGAACCCACUAACAGAGGAAAUGGAUUAUUAUUACAGGACUUAAAGGGGAAAUGGCCUAAUCAGACAGAAAGCCUCAGCCAGACCCCAGUAACAGCUCCUAUACUGAGCAAACAUGGCAGAGAUGAAUCCUAAAAGUAUCUUAAUGGCAAGAGGAAUGACAGCUUCAAAACACAGCAGCAGCAGCAGCAGUACACUCAGCAUAAUUCUAAUAUGAAGAGUUCCUUGACUUUAACUAGAUUUCCAAUAGUCCAUCAACAUCAACAUUCAACCUCUACUGCCUGUGUCCAGUAUGCAACACUAUGUGCAGACAGUGAUCCAAUUCCAUCCUUCUUGUUAUUGGUAGAAUUCUUUAGAAAUGUUUUGUGCUGAAUCUCUCCGCUCAAUUGUUUCCUCAUGAGGAUCUAAUUAGAAGUUGGGAUAAAGGGGAUCUCCCAAACACUGUCUUACACAAUCACCUCCUUCCUGCAGCAGUGUAGCUUUAAGAAGCUCUAAGCAGAACCAGACUGUUUCCGUAGUGAAGCUAAAGGUGAGGAGGACAAGCAUGCAGCGGAGGCCUGACCCAUGGGUCUCCACAACCGAGCUAAGGUACUCCUAAUCAGCUACGACCAGAUGGGGGUUGGCUGGGUGCACGCCAUUCAGAGCAGCACAUCUUCCUCUCUGCCACCAUGUGCGCACAGGAACCCCCCCCAUCUCAGGGGCCAAAAUCAAUAGAUCAGAGGCAGGAUCCUCUGUUUUUGAUAGAAAUGCAUGCCACGAUAUCUGCGCUACUGUUUUUCUUCAAAAUUGUUUGGUGGUAUUUGCUUUUGAUUUAGUUGUGUUUGUUGGGUUAUUUUGACAGGCUCAAUUGGUUCAUGUACGGAACAUUGUGGCAGAGUAGCCUAGUGGUUAGAGCAUUGGACUAGUAACCGAAAGGUUGCAAGUUCAAAUCUCUGAGCUGACAAGGUACAAAAUCUGUCAUUCUGCCCUUGAACAGGCAGUUAACCCACUGUUCCUAGGCCGUCAUUGAAAAUAAGAAUUUGUUCUUAACUGACUUGCCUAGUAA